AUGGCCAGCCUGCAACAGGAGUACCCCCUGGUCCUGCUGGGUAUUCUGGAGGAGCUGUCCGCUAUGCGCCACUGGCUCUCCUUCCAGGAUCUGUGUCGAAUGGUCAGCACCCGCUUCGACCUGCAGCACCUCACAGAGCUUAGGAGCCUGCUGUUCUCCGCAGCCUGCCGUGACCCAUGUUUCCCCGCCACCCUCUUCAGAGACAGGGUCACCCCCAAGGGACUGGGGACAUCCCCGAUAGGCGUGGCAGCUGACAUCGUCACUAUAUUCAACCUCAUUCAAAUGACGGGUGGGGCUCCCGAUGAGGCCCAGGCUGCUCAGCCAAUAAAAGCAAAGCCCGCCCCUCACAUCGACCAAUCCCCAGAGCCCUCUUUGCAAAGCUCUUUGCCCAUCACUGACGAAGUGAGAUUCUCCAGAUGUGAUAGGGUGCACACACUUUCAGACUCUCAGACCAUCUCAGGCCCCAUCGACCCAAGCUUGCUCUGGCCCAAAUCAAAUUACUCGUUCCGCAAGCGCGCCAGUCUCCCUCCCGAUCCCCUCUCUCUUGUCUCCUCAUCCCCUCCGAGCCGUGCCAGGGCUGUGUCUUUCGACUGGCGCCACAACACCCCACUGUUCGCUGGCAGCGGCAGCAUCCCAGGCAUGCAGAGCAUCUACCUCCCCCUGGAGACGGACAGCGAGUCCUCCAAAGAUUCCCUGAGCGGAGACUCGGCACCCAGAGAUCCCGGAUCGGAGCCGGGAUCGGAGCCGGGAUCACAGCCGGGAUCGGAGCGGCAUUCCUGCGUGAAGAAGAGAGACAUCUUCAAGAAGGACUUCCACAACCAGUCGCAACUGGUUCCCCAGGUGACCAUCAGUACUGAGUCUCAGACUCCAAGAGGAGGAGUAGGACGAAGAGGGAGGCAGGAACUGUUUUCCAACCGCAGCUUUGAACUGCUAUCCAACCCGUAUCCUUCCCCCACUGUUGGUCGGUCUUCGCCGGAGCGCCGGGCCAAGCAUGAAAGCUUGGACGACCUCCAGGACUCCACAUACUUUGGCCCAGGGGAUACUAUUCAAGAAUGGUCCUCCCUCCACCUCCAACCCCCCAGGGCCCAGAGGCCAGGGUGGGCCGACAAGAGCCUGAGUCUGGACGACAGGGAGGUGGGCUUAGCUGGGGUGGGUUUGGAUGGCUCCGAGGGCUCUCUUCAGGUUAGACUCACUCCCAGCCCCACCACAAACAAUGUUGGUGGUGGGUUGUCCCCUCCAAAGGGAUGGGAGGGGAACACCAUUCCCGCACUUGGAGGAGGGGGGUUGACGGCCUGCAGCAGGGGCACCCAGACCGACACCAUGCCGGACCCCCGGCGCCUGCGCAGCCUGGUGCACGCCGACCGGCUGUCCUUCAUGACCUCGAUGGAUGACCCCGACAUGAUGGGCGAGGAUGACAUCAGCGCCAUCUUCCGCUUCCUGGAUGACAUGAGCAUGUGCGGCUCCACGGGGGUCCUCCACCCCCACGACGUGGGCCCCUCGGCAGCCCAGGACACCCCAGAGGCACGGCGUGGCCGCCUGGGCCAGCUCCAGAAGCUCUUUCACUCCCUGGAUGGCAGCGACGAUGGCGGCCUCAAGGCCAGCGUAUGUAAACUCCUCCUGAGAAUGGGCCAGAUCGAGAGACGCCUGGAGUCGCUGUCCGAGGUCAAGGCCGAAAUCUCCCAAGUUCUUUCCUUCCUCCAGCGACUGGAUGAGAAGAUACAAGAGCAGGCCAUUAGAGGAGGAGGAGGGAGUGGAGGUAGGUGGCUGGGACCGCCCAGCGGUGGUGGGUCUUCCCUGGGUAGCCUGAGCCAUUCGCUCACUCCUGGGUCUGGUGGCUCCUCGGAACCCCAGCCCCUGUCUGUGUCUGGGCAUUCGUUUGGCAGCCUGGACUUCAACCAGUGGGGUAGCAGCCAAGGGAAGACAGAGACAAACGGAGGUCUGAGCGAGACCGAAGGGGGGAAGAAGGGGGUGCUCUCUCGGCUGGCCUCCUCCAAGCCUGAGGAGAAAAAUGGUGUAGACUCCAAACGGCCGAGCGUCGUCUCCAACUUGUCUGCGCGGGAUUGGACGGUGUCGUUCUCGAAAAGUAAAGAUGGGAAGGCCCAGCCCGGGAAAAAACGGCAGAUGGACCAAUCAAAGAACUCCGCCCAGAGUCAUAAGCUCCCCCCUCAAAAACACUCCCACCUGGUGGAGCCAGUAUUCAGUUCCUCUCUCUUGCGUCAGAAGGGUGGCGGGUUGACCAAUCCUGGGUUGUCCUCUGGGCUGCCCUGUGACCCCAGAUUGGCUGGGGGGAGAGGAGGAGCACCGGUCUGGACCGUGGAGGACAGAGAGGCCAGAAUGUCCCCUCUGGAACUGCAGGCCCAGGAGUCUCUAAACCCCAAUAAUCUGGAGUUUUGGAUGGAGGACAUCUACACGCCAGGUUACGACACACUAUUGAGGCGCAAAGAGGCUGACCAGCGCAGAGCCAAAGCCUGCAAGCUGGGGGCGCUCAUCUUCACAGCCGUUACCAUAGUCCUUGUCAUCGUCAUCCCCAUCGCCACAAUGAGCUCCUGA